CUUCACUCCGGCGGCGGCGCCUCCUCCUUCCAUUCAAUCGGAACCAGUCCGCCCCGCCCAGCGUUCCUCCUCUCCCCUCCACUCCGCAGGCAGUUUUAUGCGUCGACUGCUGUACAAAUGGAGUCGUCAAGAAAAAGAUGAGUAGGUUCCUCUGACCAAGGAUCUUGUUACCAGCUAGAUUUCAGCCUCACUCAUCACUCAUCGAACACCAUUUUGAGGAAAGGGGGAAAGAUCUUCUAACCUCUUAAAAAUUCAGGGAUGCCUCCGAUUGCAUGUGAGAAGCAGGUUUUAGACAGAUCAUAUGAUCGGGUGUGCGGAUCUGUUGUUACCAUUGAACGGCGCAUAGGCGAGGAAUAUGUUGCAUUUGGUACAGGUUUUGUGAUGGUUUCUGAUCAGAAGCAAGUCCUGACAAGUGUUCAUGAGUCUAUAGUCAAGGAUGGGGAGAGAUUAUUUGUUCGCUUCUAUGAUGAUAUCCAGAUGGAGGCCACCAUAUUUCUGAGAAACACACCAUCCAAGCAUGUUGUUCUGAAAGUGAGCUCUCGUCCUCCUCGUAGUCGCCAUCAUGUCAUCUUUAAUGAAAAUCAAGUUAGAAGACAGGAUGUUUUCACAAUUUCGGCGGUGGAAAGAUUUGAUGAACGUGGUUUGAUGACUGGCUCGAUAAGCAUUCCAAACUGCAAAGCAGUCCGACCAGAUGGGACUAUUGUGUUCGGGAGCCAGAAUUUAUUUGCUAUGAGUUGCCCCGUGGCAGGACCAACAGUUAAAGGAGAACCGAAUGGAGAGGAUUUGCAAUUAGUCGGUGCCGCGGUAUUCGACAUGGACGGUCUAGUAAUUGGCACAGUUGACCGUGUUGACAUGUCUGCGUUUGAUAUAAAAUAUGCAAUUAAAACAAGUUCAUUUCUGAAUGAUCUGGAGAGAUUGUUGAAGGAUAUUGAUGAUACGAUUGUUCUUUCGAAGGAUCAACAAGGCUUCAGCAAAGGCGCUGGAACGAGCAAGCAGGGAGGUAGUGUGGCGGGAUCAAGUAGAAAGAGGGGCCGUGAUGAUCCACCUGGAGGUGGAGGUGGCAGGAGGACAGGAGGUGUCACGUUGAGGGAAGAAGGUUUAUGCAUGGACCAACUCAAAGUGAACUUGGAGGUGGCCAACGAAGAAAAAUUGAGGCUACUCAAGUAUCCAGUCCAAGGUGACAGGGAUGUUGGAAGAAAAGAAGCAAUGCGAUCGGAACUCAUUAGGCUCGUCACUCGAGAAUUGGAUGACCAACAGUCGGGCUCCCUAUCUUCACCAGGUGAUAUGGCAGCGCCUCUUGCAUCUGCUAAAGCGGGGGGCUCUACUGUGGCCCCUGACUUCGAGGCAGCUGCUGGAACAAUGGACACAUGCUUUGGAAAAGAAAAUCUGGGAGAUUCCUCGGCUAAGCUGCGCUGAAGAAACAGAGGGUCACUGUGAGGCUGAAGAAUCAGAGAAUCACCGUCAGGCUGUUGGGGUCCUGGGAUACCUGAAUUGCAACAUUCACGUUUGAUUUGGCUACACUUCCAGGCAUCUUGGUGCUAUUUUGGUGUGAUUUGCGAGCAUGUGGUGGUUGCGCAUGAACUUUGCUUUAUUUCUAAAGUUUGAGAUGCCUUUGGUCUGAUGAAAACCGAGGGACCAUUUUAUGCUUCUAGAAACAGAGAGGCUAAUAUCUGCUAGAUAUUCAUUAAAGUGAAUUAGCCUCUAAUUAUUGUUCUGUUGUCCAAUUGCCAUUGCGGUGAGAAGAUUUGUCA